AUGUCUCGUCAAUACCAAUUCGAUCCCAACUUUACCAACGCUGUUGUCAAUGCAACAGGCCCCAAAAGCGAUGCGAGGCUGCGAAAAAUUGUAGCGAGCUUGACAAGGCACCUGCAUGACUUCUGUCGAGAAAACCUAAUCACGGCCGACGACUUUCGGAAAGCAAUUGAAUUGCUGAACUGGUCGGGGCGAAUGUCAGAUGACAAGCGAAACGAGGGAAAUCUACUAGCCAAUGUCCUGGGCCUUGAAGCACUGGUGGACGAAAUCAGCCAUGUUGUCGCGGACGAUGGAGCCACGGAGCCUACGGUGCUAGGACCCUUCUGGCGCGAGAACGCCCCGAGACGCUCGAUGGGUGACAGUAUCGUCUCCGGUAUCGAAGCCGGUGACUUCACUUUCAUGUCCGGCCGCGUUCUCGACGCCAGCACGGGCGAGCCGGUGGAAAAGGCCGUGAUCGAUAUCUGGGAGACGGCGCCCAACGGCAAAUACGAACAACAAGACCCCUACCAAGUGGACAUGAACUUGAGGGGUCUCUUCACCACCGGGAAGGACGGUACGUACAGCUUCUACUGUCUUCGACCGACCACGUACUCGAUCCCCGUCGACGGGCCGGCCGGGCUCCUGUUGCAGCUCUUGGAUCGUCACACCAUGAGGCCGGCGCAUAUCCAUUUCAUGAUCCAGGCACCAGGCUACAAGACGAUAAUCACAGAGCUUUUCGAUAGACGGGACAAGCACGUAUUUGACGACAGCGUUUUCGCCGUCAGGAACAGCCUGGUUGUUGAUUUCCUGCCUCUCGAGGAUAACCCCAAGGCUCAAUUUCAACUCCAAUACGACUUCAAGUUGGCCAAAGCAUGA